AUGGGUUCUCGGAUUCAGCUUCUGGGUCUCUGCUUAUGGUUUCACUUCGCAUGCUUCAGCUUCAUUUUUGGCUACACAGUGGCUGUAGGAGGAGAUGCCACUGUGCAAGGGACUGUUGCCAUUGAUGACAAAUCUGUGAUUGGAACUAUAGAUGGUGAUUUUGUGUGUGCAACUUUGGAUUGGUGGCCUCCUGAGAAAUGUGACUAUGGGAAAUGCAGUUGGGGUCUUGCUUCUCUUCUCAAUCUGGACCUCAACAACAAGAUUUUUCUAAAUGCAGUGAAAGCCUUUUCACCUUUGAAACUCAGAUUAGGUGGAAGUUUGCAAGACAAGGUAGUAUAUGGCACUGAAGAUUACCACCAACCUUGUACUCCUUUUGUUAAGAACGAAUCUGAGAUGUUUGGUUUCACACAAGGGUGCCUCCCAAUGAAAAGAUGGGAUGAACUUAGCUACUUUUUUGAAAAAGCAGGGGCUAAGAUAAUUUUUGGAUUAAAUGCUCUUGCUGGAAAAUCAAUACAAGGUGGUUCUGCAAAAGGACCUUGGAAUUCCACCAAUGCUGAGUCCUUUAUUAGAUACAAUGUUAGAAAUGGCUACACCAUUUAUGGAUGGGAACUUGGCAAUGAAUUGAGUGGGAGUGGAGUUGGAACAAGCAUUACAGCAGACCAAUAUGCUUCUGAUUUUGCUGCUUUAAGAGACAUAGUUGACAAAGCAUAUAAAGAGAUUGAUUCUAAGCCACUAGUCAUUGCACCUGGAGGGUUCUUUGAUGCAACCUGGUUCAAGGAAUUUAUUAGCAAAACUAGAAGAUCUUUGGAUGUGGUCACGCACCACAUUUAUAACCUUGGACCAGGAGUUGAUGAGCACCUUGUGGAAAAAAUUCUGAACCCUUCCUAUCUGGAUAAAGAGGCUAGCACAUUCAGUGGCCUCAAAAGUAUACUUGCAAGUACAGGUACCUCAGCAACAGCAUGGGUUGGUGAGUCGGGAGGGGCCUACAAUAGUGGUCAUCAUCUUGUAUCCGAUGCAUUUGUUUAUAGUUUCUGGUAUUUGGAUCAGCUUGGCAUGUCAGCUGCUUAUGACACUAAAACAUAUUGCAGACAGAGUUUGAUAGGAGGAAACUAUGGUUUACUCAAUACUACCAAUUUCCUGCCAAAUCCAGACUACUAUAGUGCUCUUCUUUGGCAUCGACUCAUGGGAAGACAAGUACUAUCAACUACCUUCUCUGGGACAAAAAAGAUCAGAGCUUAUGCACACUGUGCAAAGCAAUCCAAGGGAAUCACAGUACUGUUGAUCAACCUGGACGGCAACACAACUGUUGAAGCUGAUGUGACCUUCAACAACAAUGCAAAGAGUUUGAGGCUGAGAAAGAUGUCAAGUCAUUCAAACAUGAUGCAAUUACCUCUUGCAUAUGAAACUGCAAGAGAAGAGUACCAUCUAACUCCACAGGAUGGUAAUAUACAUAGCCAAAUCAUGGUACUAAAUGGAAACGCUCUGAGGGUAAACUCAGCUGGUGAUAUUCCUCCUUUGGACCCUAUAUAUGUGAACUCUUCAGAGCCAAUAAGGGUUGCUCCUUUCUCUAUUGUAUUUGCCCAUUUAUCUGGUGCUGUUGUUACAGCUUGUGGCUAG